AUGAAGUCUCAAACCGUCCUCUCUAUCCUUUUUGCCGCUUGCAGCGUCAUGGCCGCUCCAAUUGAUACCCCUGUCAAUGAGCUAUCCUGCACCAACUCCGGUGAAAUGGCCUGCGCCGGUAUUGUCGAGAAGCGCGAGGAGCCCGUCAAUGAGCUGUCCUGCACCAACUCCGGUGAAAUGGCCUGCGCCGGUAUUGUCGAGAAGCGCGAGGAGCCCGUCAAUGAGCUGUCCUGCACCAACUCCGGUGAAAUGGCCUGCGCUGGCAUUGUCGAGAAGCGCGAGGAGCCCAUCAAUGAGCUGUCCUGCACCAACGUCCGGUAG